GCGGACAUGAUCCGGACGUAUACUGCUUGAACACGUGCUGAUGUGUGGGCCCAGUAUUUGAAAUGACAGAAACUGAAAAAGACUCCACAGCCACAGUACCCAAGAAAAAGAAAUACAGGAAGGAUAAACCAUGGGACAAUGAUUCUAUAGACCACUGGACCAUUGAAGAGUUUAAGCCCGAGCAUAAUCCACACUCUCUCCUUGAUGAAAGCUCAUUUGCUACCUUGUUUCCAAAAUACCGAGAGAAAUACCUUCAGAAGGUGUGGCCACUUGUUCAAAAGUGCCUCAAUGAUCAUGGUAUCAAGAGUCAGCUUGAUCUCAUCGAGGGUAGUAUGACUGUCUCGACGACACGUAAAACCUUUGAUCCUUACAUUAUUGUGAAGGCCCGUGAUAUGAUCAAACUCCUGGCAAGAAGUGUACCUUAUGAACAGGCUAUCAAGAUUCUGGAUGAUGACAAAGCUUGUGACAUUAUUAAGAUACGUUCACUCGUUAGGAAUAAAGACAGGUUUGUGAGGAGGAGACAGAGAUUAAUUGGACCUGAUGGAGCCACUCUAAAAGCUAUUGAGUUGCUCACUCAAUGUUAUAUAAUGGUUCAAGGUGCUACAGUAUCAGCUAUUGGACCAUUCACCGGUUUAAAGCAGCUGCGUAGAGUUGUAGAGGAUACCAUGAAGAACAUCCAUCCAGUGUAUCACAUUAAAACUAUGAUGAUCAAACGUGAGCUUAUGAAGGACCCAUCACUCAAAAAUGAAUCUUGGGAUAGAUUCUUGCCAAAGUUUAAGAAAAAGAAUCUCAAGACAAAGACACCAAAGAUAAAGAAGAAAGCUCCUUAUACUCCAUUCCCUCCUCCUCAGCCGGAGAGCAAGGUUAGAUUAUGUUUAAUGUUGUGA